UCUGGGGCCCCAAUCAAUAUGAAACAGAAAUCCUUUCCUGGGAAAGCACAUGUUUGAGAUAGCAGGUUUGAAGCUUUGCGGUCAGCUUCAUCACAUUUCAUGUCUCUUAUGCCCUUCAUUGUUUUGCAGUAUUGUAUAAAGCUUGGUGAGGUUUUGGAUUUCAACGCAUCAGAGGUAAAUCACGGUUACAGGAGCAGUCGUCCCACUUGUUGUAGCUUUUUAUUCAUAUUACUGACAUAAAGCUCCUCUUUAUAAACACACACACAGACCUAAAUCUGCCUCUAUUGAAUGUGGAAGGAGGAGAUCUGGCUGGAUAUAAAGCCGAAUACAACACUCUGGUUUUCACUCGCUUAAGACUCAAUAGGCAGAAACAGCUGUGAGACAUGAAAGGAAAUGUUGUUGUGCUGUUCUGCGCGCUGCCGCUGGUGCUCAGCCAGCCAAAGACCUACAGCUGGGACGGACCAGGACAAACCCUCGCUCCAGAUCCCAUCAACCCGUGCCUGACUGACCAGGAGUCAUGUGGUUGUUGUGUGAUGCAGAAGAAAAAAUGGCAGUUACAGCAAUAUUUAAACUCUAGUAUGAACGCACUGGAGGAUUCGCUGGCCAAAGCACAAAACACACUGAAAAACAUCAGAGACAACCGAGUGGCAUUUUCUGUUGGUCUGACUGACAAAAGGCGUUGUGUUGGUCCAGUGAAGUUGCCGAUUACCGUGGUCUACCAGAGCAUCUUCAUCAACAUUGGAGAGGCUUAUAACUCCACAACUGGCGUGUUCACGGUUCCACGCUCAGGCGUUUAUAACCUGGCCUUCACUGUGUUCAGCGACGCAGGCUCUCCAGGCGCACCGCUGGCAGUGUGUGCCAGCAUCAGGAAGAACGGUGUGGCUCUAGCAGCUCUCAGAGAGGUUUAUGAUCAAGACCAGGAGGACCAGGCCACUGCUGUCUUACUCGCACAGCUCAGUGUAGGAGACCGCAUUACCAUCAGUCUCCAGGCUGGAUGCUGGCUUUGUGAUGAUCAGAACCACUACAACACAUUCAGUGGCUUUCUGCUGUACGCCACUGAGUGAAACAUGUACACACACACAGGUUGGUUUUUGUGGUUUAUGAGGACUCUUCAUAGGUGUAUGCAUUUAAUACUGUAAAAAACACUAUAUGGCCUUGUCUUAUAAAUAAAUAAAUCCAACCCUCACAGAAACCCUGUGGCAAAUUUUGAAUGUGAAUAGACCGUUUAGUAAGAUUAAAAAAUUUAAUGAUAAGAACACAAGGCAUGUCCUCAUAAACCACUUUAACAUUAUAUCUUAUACCUAUGUCAUUACACAAACAUGCGUGUUCAUAAAUUACAAAAGUGCACACAAUCACGCACAAAUGUACUGUUCAAAGUUUAAACAGAAUCAAAUAUCAUCAACUUACAUUAAGCUGACUAAAACAGCUUGUAUGACUAAAAUAAACUAUAAAAUAUGAUUAAUUGAAACAUUGUUUUAUUACAUUUAAAUAACAAACAUACAUUGCCCAGAUAUUGAUCAUAUCAUUUUUACCCAAUACAGAUGUUACAAGCUAUAUCAGUCAGACGCUCUCAUAAAUGUCAUUGUCUUCAUACAUUACAGAACUUGAAUUUGCAAAUUUCUGAGCAUUUCAAUUAUUGACCACCAUUUCAGAUGUCAACACACCUGAUUUAAGAAGGUUCAAUGUGGUGAAGUUGUUUUAAAUAUUCGAUCCUGAACUGUAAAAGCGCACGCAAACACACACGCAUGCACACACGCACAUACACACAGAGAGAGAACUUCAUCAUUAUAGUAAAAUGCUGAAAUGAAAACAGAAUGUCCAACUUUUA